AAAAUUAUCAUUUUACAGAACCUAGAGUUGAAUGAAAUCUAUCGGGAGGAAAAACUAUGGCUUAAUCAGGCAACUCUCAAAAAACACCUGGCAUCAAAAUGGCUGUGUGUUUAGAGAGCAGCUCAAGCUUCAAGAUCGUCUCCAAGAAUGACCAAAAACCAAAUAAAUCGCUCUUUCUAGUCAAACUUACAGACUCAUGUCUGAAAACACUCGAUCAACUACAAAAUCCCACGGUAAAGUCGAAGCUCUCAAAAAACGGUGCGACGAGAAAGCCUUCAAUUCAAUUCAAGAAUAAUGGCAAGUCUGGGAUGUUGUUUAUUCCAUCCAAAAAUGGGGACAACAAUGGCACAAAGUUCAACUUCAGCUUUUCCAAUUUGUCCGCUAUCGAUCAGGAGUGUGUUCAGCAAAACAGAGGGGAUGGAAAUUUAACUUUGCUUGGGAACAUCACAGGGAAAAUAACUAUUGGUGCAAACAAUGACAGUUACGAAGCGACGAAGCACAGAGUAGCUGAAGCAAAAAAGGAACGCACUGGGAAAGGUGCCAAAGUUAUUGAGUUGUCCAAAGAUGGUGCCAUAAAGAAACAGAAACGAAUCAAUCCAAGACAAAAAAUCAACUUCCGGAAAACAAAUAUCAACAAUAAAAUUAGUCAAAGUUCCAGCAGUUCAUUGAAAGGAUUAAGGGAAAAGGUGAUCCAUUUGUUAGCACUCAGACCCUGCAAUAAACUUGAACUUAGAAUGAAAUUAGAAAAAGAUGGUGUUAAAUUAAAGGAUGCUGUUAGUGUUCUGACUAAUAUAUUACAGCAGGUCUCAGCAAUGCAGGACAAUGUUUAUGUUUUAAAUAGACAUCUUUACUCAGAAAUCCAGGUUGAUACAUGGCCUGGGUACACAGAUGAGGACAGAGAAACAAUUAAAAGUAAAAUAGUCUCAGAGAUGGGAUCAAGCGUUGAUAGACUGUCCCCAGGACCUUUCUCGUCAUCAUUAUUAGGAAAUAAUUCAAGCAAACGACCUCUCUCAGGUAUGAACAAACCAGGUACAAACCCAGCAGGAAAACGACCCCGUAUCGCCCACCAAAACACGUCAAAGAGCGACAUAAAACGGCCGCCAGUCGAAACAAACUCUCCGCCGAAACUCACCUCGCAACCUCCCCGACAUAUCCCAUCAAGACGAGCCAGCAGAGAAAAGACAAAAACGAAUCCUGAGGCUGUCAAAAAACCCAUAAACUCGACGAAAACACAAAAAGCUGCAAACGGUUCAGAAAACACUGGCAAUGACAGUAACAACAAUAACUGUUCCUUCUCGAAAACACAAUCACCGACAAAUGAAGAUUAUCUUACGAAAUACCCGGAAAUCAAGACAUACGAACAAAGGUGCUCUUACAAAGAAGACUUUGCAAAAGAAUACGAUGAAUUCAAAGUAACCAAAGAACGUUUGGACCUCGUCACAAAACAAUUCAACGAAUUAAAAGAACAAUUAAAGAAACAUCCGGAAGACAGUCGUGCUGCAAAGGAUCUUCACGACGAAAUAUUUCAAUUAUACGAGGAAAAAAAGGAACGCUGGACAAAAGAUCGUCAAAGACUGAAUUAUUUAUUCCCUAAAUUAAGUCACAUUAAGAAACUUGUCAUCCAGUACGAUCAAGUGCAUUUUGGAGCAUCGUGAUUUCUUCAUGUCAAGAAUAAUGAAUUGUCUUCAAGACCGUCAGUACUUCAUGUUGGAAGAACGUUCGUGGAAUCGUGAGUACCCGUUGAGUGAGUUCCCGCGUUGAGUGGUUACAAUAGCUUUAUAACGUUGUGUCGCUUUUCAUUCUUGCGAAUACUUCAUGUUGCCUAGGUUAUUGUCAUUGUCAGGAGUUAAAAGGUUUCACUUUGAAACGUUAAAACAGGGGAACCUGAUUGAUUUGUAUUUACGCCAAAUCUGCCGGAUCAAUAUCUUCUUCGUUGUUGGAUGUAUUUUAUGCCAAUAUUUCAGAAAUCUGAUUAGCAGCUACUUAACUCGUUUUAUUAGAGUUUUAUUUAUCGGAUUUGAUUAGAUUUGCUGGUCAAUCAGUUUAAAGAGAAAUUGAUCCGGAUUCUGUAUUUAUAACUGCCGUAUUUUUGCAUCGAAAAUAUUCAAAUUUUAUUUACGAAGUUCGCUAAACCGAUUAAAAAAAAC